GCCGGUCAGACCAACUGCCUUCGCGAGCUCACCCGCAGCGACACACCUACCCGCCGCUCUGCCACCGACGCGCGGGCCCAGGGACCCACCUGGCAGCAAGUCGCGCCAUCAUCCCGCGCUUCGGCGUCGUUGACCAGUCCCCCUCGCCCGGUCGUCGGUCUCAACUGCCUCACCCUCUCCCUUUCCCAGCACACGGUUUCCACACCAGCAGGGCGCCCCACCCAAAGAUCCGUUCAAACCAAGAAGGAAUUCUUGAAGGAGAGGAUUCUUCCUCGCCAUUUUCGUCCAAGUGCUUCCCCGCGGACUCGUGCCUGGAUUAGGUGGCCUCUGAGGCGCGGGAGCAUCCGGCUGCGGCGGAGUCCGGCGCUCGAGUCUUUCUCCGGUUGAACCUUCUACAAGGGAAGGACAACCAUUACUCUGGCAACCAGAUAAGACAGUUUUCUACAAAUAACGUGCUCGUGUAAGACAUCAAGUACAAAUGAAGCACACCGCUGCCCUUUGUUGGAGGAUUGAAGACAGAUAGCACUAUGGUAGCAGCUACACCUGCAGGAAUGUUUAUUGUGUGUUUUGAGUCCCUCUGCCCAUGUUUUGGCUCAAAAAGGAAGGAUGGAAGCGAAGAUCCUGUUCUUGGAACACAUUCAAGUUCCUUGAACUCUUCUGAACUGAGGUCAAUUUCUGAUAGAAUCCCAGCAAGCCCUCUUCGAGUACCUGCAAGUCCAUCUAGAUUUUCAUUGUCUUCGGCACCAAGUAGAAAUGAGCCAUUGAACCUCAGCCUUGAACAUGUUGUUAAACUGACACAUAACUUCUCGCCGGCCCUGAUGAUUGGUGAAGGUUAUUUUGGAAAGGUCUACAAAGCGGAGCUGCGAGAUGGCCACAUUGUUGCCAUUAAAAGGGCAAAAAAGGAACAUUUUCUUUCUGUACGUGCUGAGUUCAGUAAUGAAAUCGCGCUACUAAAAAAAAUUGAACACAGGAAUUUGGUCCAGUUGCUUGGUUAUAUUGAAAAAGGCAAUGAGCGAAUUGUCAUAACUGAGUAUGUAUCAAAUGGCACUCUUAGGGAGCAUUUGGAUGGUCAACAUGGUUUGGUUUUGGGAUUUAGUCAGCGGCUUGAAAUAGCCAUAGAUGUUGCCCAUGGAUUGACUUAUUUGCAUCUCUAUGCAGAGAAGCCCAUAAUACACAGGGAUGUGAAGCCAUCAAACAUUUUACUAAAUGAAGGCUUCAGGGCCAAAGUGGCCGACUUUGGAUUUGCAAGAACAGGCCCUACUGAUCCAGAUCAGUCACAGAUUGAGACUGAUGUGAGAGGAACAGCUGGCUAUGUGGAUCCAGAGUACUUGAGGUCAAACCAUCUGACAAUCAAGAGCGAUGUGUUCUCUUAUGGUAUUUUGCUCCUUGAGAUCCUUUCAGGCCGUCGUCCUAUUGAAGUGAGGAGGGGUGCAAAAGAAAGGAUAACAGUCAGAUGGGCCUUUGAGAAAUAUAACAGAGGCAAAGUUACAGACAUAUUGGAUCCAAUGUUAACUGAAUCAGUAAACGAGGAUAUACUGAAUAAAGUUUUUGAUGUGGCAUUCCAGUGUGUUGCACCUACCCGUGAUGACAGACCACACAUGAAAGAAGUUGUGGAGAGGCUGUGGAAGAUAAGAAGGGAUUAUGCAAAAACUCAAAGAAGAACAUAAAUGACUAUCUAAACUCUUAAACCAUCUGAUCCUGGUUGUCUUUUUUGCUUGAGAGAAUAUGGGCCACUUCCUAGUGAAGACUGCCACACAAUUAAUGCAAAUUUUGCGAUUAUGAACAACUGGAAUUUGUACAGGGUUGUGACCGUAUAUCGGGCUAUAUGUUUAAGAGAUCAAUGUGUUGUACAAUGACCUGCAAUUGAUGAUUUCCCUGUAUAGCCAUUAGCCAGCUAAAUCUUUUCUGUAAUCUGUAUCGUCAAGGAAGUAAAGUGUAUCUUCUGUUUGUGGCAUU